AUGGUAAAUUUAUCUUCCAACAUGAAAUUGAUCUUUGAUGUAGAAACUCCAUCGUAUAAACAAGGUAAACGCUUUCGAAACACAAUAGUUAGAAACCCAAGUGUGAUGCCACAAUAUUUUGCCAUCAUUGGGAAGAAGGAUAAUCCCAUCUAUGAAGCUGAAUUUACUUCUCAACAGGGUCAACAGGGUCAAUUACAACAAGGAUUUCAACAGAAUUUGAAAGAGCUGAAUGCGUUUAUACUGCAUGCUUCAUUAGAUAUAGUGGAAGAUUUACAAUGGCAAGUUAGUCCCAAUGCACAACAUGGUAGAGGAGGAUUAUCAGGAGGCUUUUUAAGAUCGAAGAACGUCAACAAUACUGAUAAUUGUUAUUUGGGAAAAGUGGAUCAUUUCUAUGGAUUGGCGAUUACUGCUUAUAUAACCUAUGGUGGAAUGAAGCUGGUUAUGAUUCAUGGGGGCCCACCCAAUGGGAAUACACAGAUUGAUGACAAUAUGGUUAAAUCGUUUUACCAAGAAGUACACGAACUAUACGUGAAGACAUUGAUGAAUCCAUUUUAUAAAGUCAAUGAACCAAUACCGAGUCCGGCAUUUGAUUCAAGAGUAAGAGCAUUGGCUAAAAAAUAUUUAAACAGGUGA